AUGACGACUAAUAAAACAUCGAACGAUCAAUCAAUAAAUAAAAAUGAACGUACUCGAUUAUUUUAUGAUCCAAAUUCAUUAUCAAGUUUUAAUGGAUUCCGUAUUGUUCAUACAUAUUUUGAUUUAAAAGUUGAUUUUGAUUCAAAUAUUCUUGAUGGUUAUGUUCAACUUGAUGUUAAACCAUUAGAUAAUCAAUCAUGUGAUUGUUCAUCAACAAUAACAACAGAAAAUAAAGAAAUUCCAAAUAAUCAUGGAAAUAAACUUGUUCUUGAUUCUCGCCAUUUAAAUAUAAAAAAAGUUGUAUUCAUAUCUAAUACAAAUGAAAUCUUACUUACAUUUCAAGUUGAUACAGAACGUGAAUCAUUAAUUAUUAAUAUGACUGACAUAUCAAAAGAUUCACUUAUAUCUAUAAGAAUUUAUUAUUCAACAUCCGAUACAAAAUGUACAGCAUUACAAUGGCUUACAAAAGAACAAACAGCUGAUAAACAACAUCCAUAUAUGUUUAGUCAAUGUCAAGCUAUACAUGCACGAUCAUUAUAUCCAUGUCAAGAUACACCGGGUGUUAAAAGUACUUACUCGGCAAAAAUUACAUGUCCAAAACCAUUGACUGUGUUAAUGAGUGGUUUACAAACAAAUUAUGAUGAACAGACAAAUACAUUCUAUUUUGAACAACAACAAGCUGUAGCAUCUUAUUUAAUUGCUAUUGCUGUUGGACAUUUAGUUUCAUAUGAUUUAAGUUCUCGUAUUCGUGUUUGGACUGAACCAAGUAUGAUUAAACAAUGUCAAUAUGAAUUUGAAGAGUCGGAAAAAUUUUUAACUGAAGCUGAACAACUUCUUGGAGAAUAUAAAUGGAAACGAUAUGAUUUUCUUGUUUUACCACCAUCUUUUCCAUAUGGAGGUAUGGAAAAUCCAUGUAUGAAUUUUCUUACUCCAACGUUAUUGGCUGGUGAUCGUUCAUUAACAAGUACAAUUGUACAUGAAAUGACACAUUCUUGGACAGGAAAUUUAGUUACAAAUGAAAAUUGGGAACAUUUUUGGUUGAAUGAAGGAUUUACAUCAUUUAUUGAAGCCAAAUUAGUCGGAAAUUUAGAUAAAACAAAUGGAAAAGAAAUACGACGAUUUCAUGCUGCUCAACAAUGGCAAGACUUAAAAACUACUGUUGCAACAUGGGGAGCAGAACAUCCGUAUACUUGUCUUGUUUAUCGUUUGAAUAAUGUUGAUCCUGAUGACGCAUACAGUUCAGUUCAAUAUUAUAAAGGUGCUGCUCUUCUUUGGCAUUUAGAACAGAAUAUUAUUGAUUCAGAAUCUAAAUUUGAUGAAUUUCUUCGUUCAUAUAUAAUUAAAUUUGGUGAAACAAUUUUAAAUACCGAUGAUUUUAUAAAAUAUUUUGAAUCUUAUUUUCCUCAAGCACCAUCUGUUGAUUGGCAAUCAUGGCUUUAUACACCUGGUAUGCCUCCCGUAACACAUAACUUUUCUACAAAACUUGAAGAAAAUUGUCAUCAAUUAGCUAAUCAACAAUCACCUAUUACAAAAGAACAAAUGAAUUCAUUAAAUGCUAAACAAGUUGCAUAUUUAUUAAAUCUUCUUCUUAGUAAUGAUCAAUCGAAAAUAACUUAUGAUUAUAUAAAACAAAUUGAUAUUAAUUGUGAUAUGUCAAAAUAUUCCAAUUGUGAAAUACGUUUUCGUUGGUAUCAAUUAUGUAUUCGAGUUAAAUAUGAGAAAGUACUUGAUGAUAUAUUUAAAUUUCUUGAAAUUAUUGGUCGUAUGAAAUUUGUUAAACCAUUAUAUGUAGAAUUUAAAUCAUCAUGGCCAGAAAUGUUACCAAGAGUAAAAACAUUUUUUGAAGAACAUAAAAAAUAUAUGAAUCCAAUUACAGUUAAACAAAUUGAAAUACGACUUAAUAAUUAA